AUGGUUAUUGCCGACAUAUCAGCUAUGGUCUCGCUGCUCUCUGGCAACGAUACGGACAAAAAGGAUUAUGUAGCCAACGUGACGUACAUAGCUCCAACCACGACAUCCUUGUAA